CCCCUCCCCCGAUACCUUCUCCCCCCAACUUUUCCUUCCCUUCCCUUCGCCGCACGACGACUGACGACGACCACCCCCAACCCCACGCCGGGAAGCCGCACCAAAUCUCAUCCUCUCUCCUCUAGGGUUAGGGUUCCGCCCCCACUAGUGAAUUUUGCUCUACUUUCUCGCAUUUCUUGAGUUCAAAACCACCGCUACUUUCCGCUCGGUUUGUUAUGAAAAUUCGGUUAUUUUCGUUUUGCUGCGAUUUCUCUGUUUUUCCGGAGCGUUUUUCGGUAAGAAUCGCGGCUCUCUGAGGCGAUUAGUGCUUCGCAGCGAGCUUGGGCUGUAUUUUCGUUUGUUUUUGUGUAAGAAUUUUGCGGUUUUUGUGCGAAAAAAAUUCAAAACUCGCCGUCGUUUGUUCAUCAGGCGGCAGUAAAACUCUGGUGGUGGUGGAAUUUCGUGCCUCGGCGUGGCCCCCGUGCUCCGAUUCCUGAUCACCUGCGCGCACCCUAUGAGCGCGGGGCGCGCGGAUUGGGGCUCGGGCUGCUCGGGCGCGCGCGCGGGGUGUCCGUGUUAAUGCCUCGGCUGUCCUGCAAGUUCGCGGACCCCGAAAGUGUCGUUUCCUCCUCCGCGGCGGCUGCUGCUGCGGCGCGCCGCGUGCGGCCAGACACGAUGAGCUGCGGCAGCAACGGGUGCCGGGACGGCGGCAGCAGUGGCAGCGACGACUUCAGGCGGCCGCGGCCCAGCAAGGUCGCGGCUGAUGAUUCGGUGGCGCCGGCACGGAGCUCGGAUGCGGCGGCGCCUGCUCGGAGCUCGGAUGCCACGGCGCCGGCGUCCUGGAUCGACAGGAAGCUGCUUGUUGAUCCCAAGAUGCUGUUCGUUGGGGACAAGAUUGGGGAGGGAGCUCAUGGGAAGGUCUACAAGGGAAAGUAUGGUGACCAAAUUGUAGCAAUAAAGGUUCUUAACCGUGGCAGCACUCCUGAAGAGAAAGCAACACUUGAAGCCCGUUUCAUUCGAGAAGUAAAUAUGAUGUGCAAAGUGAAACAUGACAAUCUUGUCAAGGUACUUACUAGUUUGAAUGACGUGUUUGUGUGGCGAUAUAAUCUACAAUUUCUUUUUGGACCUUCUCACAACACUUUAUGCAUCCUGCAGUUCAUUGGUGCGUGCAAGGAACCAUUGAUGGUGAUUGUUAGCGAGCUACUACCUGGGAUGUCACUGAAAAAUUACCUGAAUAGCAUUCGGCCUAGCCAACUAGAUACACAUACUGCAAUCAGCUAUGCCCUAGACAUAGCUCAUGCAAUGGACUGUUUACAUGCCAAUGGCAUAAUACACAGAGACCUGAAACCUGAUAAUCUAUUGCUUACAGCAAACCGUAAGAAGCUGAAACUUACUGAUUUUGGACUCGCACGUGAAGAAACUGUGACUGAAAUGAUGACGGCUGAAACUGGGACUUACCGAUGGAUGGCCCCAGAGUUAUACAGCACAGUCACACUUCGACGUGGUGAGAAAAAGCAUUACACAAAUAAAGUUGAUGUGUACAGCUUUGGCAUUGUUUUGUGGGAAUUGUUGACCAAUAGAAUGCCAUUCGAAGGCAUGUCAAAUCUACAAGCAGCAUAUGCUGCUGCUUUUCAGCAAAAGCGCCCACCACUUCCCGAGGAGACACCCCAGGAGCUUGUGUUCAUAGUACAGUCAUGCUGGGUCGAGGAUCCUAGCAUGCGACCCAGUUUCAGCCAGAUCAUCCGGAUGCUUGAAACUUUCCUCAUGACAAUACCUCCUCCACCAUCUUCGGAACCAAACGAAGAUGAGGAAUCAGAAGAAACAAGGUCGUCACUGAGCAGUAGGAGCUCCUCUGGCUCCUCGCUCGUUUCGCGUGCGACAAGCAAGCUCUCUGUCGUCCGCCAUCUCUUCGCCUCAAAGAAGGCAGGCAAUGGGAAGGCGUGAUGCGUCUCAGGCGCCCUGAUAUGUUUUCCUUUGGUGCUGUAAAGAUGCUAGCCUAGGUCAUGGGUAAUACAAGAGGGAUCUUGUUCGGUGUAGAGUAGCUGUUGUAUUGAUGAUACAAAGGAAAGUCGAAAGCGCAACUUUUGCAAGCUAUGUAUAGCUCGCAGCUUACUAUAACUUGUCCAUGCUUGUCUUCGAGCAAUUUUCUCUUCA